AUGGAGACGAGAGGUCCUCAAGUUAAUCACCUUAGCUUUGCGGAUGACAUUAUCAUAUUUACUUCAGGAAGGAAAAAGUCUCUUGAACUGAUUAUGCAUACUCUGAAUAUAUAUGAAGAGACUUCUGGACAGCUAGUGAACAAAGACAAAAGCCACUUUAUGGUCCAUUCUAAUGCUUUCAACAGCACUAAGGACAGGAUUAAGCGAGUUACUGGCUUUAAGCAAAAGGAAGGUCAUAUUACUUAUCUUGGAUGCCCCCUGUACAUUGGCAGGCCAAGAAUUAUUUACUUUUCCGAUCUUAUCAACAAAGUGGUUAAUAGGAUCACAGGAUGGAAGGCAAAAAUCUUGAGCUAUGGAGGCAGAAAAACCUUAGUCAAGCAUGUGUUACAAUCUCUCCCCAUUCACCUUAUUUCUGCUAUAUAUCCUCCCUCUACAAUUAUCAAGCAAAUUCAGAACCUUAUGGCAGACUUCUUUUGGGGAUGGAAAAAUGACAGGAAAAAAUAUCAUUGGUCCUCGUGGAAGAAUUUGAGUUUUCCAUAUGAGGAAGGAGGCAUUGGAGUUGGACCUCUAGCACACUUCUCUAAUGAAAGCAACAGGUUCAACAACAACACAGUGGCUGAUUUCCUGAUUGAGGGCCAAUGGAAUCUGGAGAUGGUGAUACAGCAGGCCCCUCAUAGCAUGGUAGCAAGCAUCUUAGAUACUCACAUUCAGUACCAGCAAGGCAUCCCAGACCAGGAGUGUAGUGUUGGAAGUGGAUUCGCAGCUGCUCGUGGACUGGAUCAUGCAGAAAGCCAAACCUCCAUGGAGUAUCAACACACAGCUACAGCAGCUCCAGCAGCUGAUCAGACAAACACAUUUUUUUAA